AGAAAAAUAUCUGUGAAAUGGGAACAAAUAAAGGUAAAUAGAGGAAACAGUUCUAAGACAUGAGACAUGUAAGUUGAACCCUUGGCUAUGCUGGAAUCUUGGCUCCUAUAAAAUUCUUUUUUUUUUUUUUUGAGAUGUCUUGCUCUGUCGCCCAGGCUGGAGUGCAAUGGCGCGAUCUCUGCUCACUGCAACCUCCGCCUCCCAGGUUCAAACAAUUCUUCUGCCUCAGCCUCCCAAGUAGCUGGGAUUACAGGCGCCCACCACCGCGCCCGGCUAAUUUUUGUAUUUUUAGUAGCAACGGGGUUUUGCCAUGUUGGCCAGGCUGGUUUUGAACUCCUGACCUCAGGUGAUCCGCCCGCCUCGGCCUCCCAACGUUCUGGGAUUACAGUCGUGAGCCACCGCGCCCAGCCAAAAUUCUUAUUUCUACAGAGUGUGACAUUUUUUCAUUCAUAUGAAUGGUGAGGAAUAACAAACUUGGAAGGAAAGAAAUAGUAAAAAGAGAGUGAGAGUACAAAGGUGAAACAGUUGAGGGAAAGCAUUACUCAACAUCUUAUCUGGUUCAGAGGCUCAUCUAGAUUUGUAUUUACAGCAGUGAACAACCUACAAAGAAACGUAUUCUCAAGUAGGCUUUAUUCAAAUUAAGAGAUGUGGUCUGGAAAUAAUAAAGAAAAUAUUGGAAAAUAUACACUAAGUUAUAAAGAGACAGAUUCUAUGGAAAAUAUCAGAAUACCAGCACCAAGUAAUAAACGUGAAGUAGGUAGAAUUUCUAUAGUAAAUUUCUAUAGUCAGGGUUGUCCUUAUAGUGGAGAUAAUAUUUGAGCAUAUAUUUAAAGCAGAGCAGAGAGAGUGAUUUGUAAACACAGGGAAAAUGUGCUAUGGAAAAGAAAUAGCCAGUACAGUGUCCAAAAAGCAGGAGCUUGCCUGGAAGUGAAACAAAUCAUGUGGUCAAAGCACAAUUCAAGAGUGACUGGUGAUGGUUUUUAUACCAUCAAAAAUCUCCCCAAUGUGCACAAUUACCCAUGUAUCCAUUCACAUGCCAUUAUCUCAGACCUCCUUGUCAACUGUCUUCUCAAACAUAUUCUUCCUUGCCCUUGAUCACAUUGCCAGGUCAUGGAGUGCUGUCUUGUGAAAUACUUGUUCUUUGGAUACUUAUUCCUCCCCAUAAAAAGGUUUACAAGGUAUGUCACUUGUGACUUCACCUAUGGGGAAAAUUUUGAUCCCCAACUAUCUUUCAAGAGGAUGCAGAAUAUGGCUCUGAGGCAGCCACAAUUUUUUUUUUUUGAAAUUUAUCUUUUUUUCCCACCCUGCCUUAUGGUGCUGACACAAUCUUUUUUAUUACUAGGUUUUUAAGAGCACUUUUAGGUUUGCAGUAAAAUUAAGGGGAAGGUAAAGAGAUAUUCCAUAUACUCCCUGUACCUACAUAUGCAUAGCACCCCCCCACCCCAACCGGAGUGGCACAUUUGUAACAAUUAUAAACCUACACUGACACAUCAUUAUCAUCCAAAGUCCCUACUUUACAUUAGGGUUCACUCUUAGUGUUGCACAUUCUAUGUGUUUGGACAAAGGUACAAUGACACAUGUCCACUAUUAGAGUGUCAUAUAAAAUAGUUACUAAUCCUCUGUGCUCCACAAAUUCAUCCCUCCUACCCUUCUAAACCCCCAGCAACCACUGAUCUUUUUACUCUUUCAUACUUUUACCUUUUCUCAAAUGUCAUUAAUUGGAAUCAUACAGCAUAUUGCCUUUUCAGAUUGGCCUCUUUCAUUUAGUGGUAUGCAUACAAGGUACCUCCAUGUUUUUUCACGUCUUGAAGAUUCAUUUACCUUCAGCAUUGAGUAGUGUUCCAUUGUCUAGAUAUACUACAGUUUCUUUUGUUUCUUUCUUUCUUUUUUUUUUUUUUUUUUUGAGACGGAGUCUUGCUCUGUCGCCCAGGCUGGAGUGCAGUGACAUGAUCUCGGCUCACUGCAACCUCCACCUCCCGGGUUCACGCCACUCUCCUACCUCAGCCUCUCGAAUAGCUGGGACUACAGGUGCCCAUCACCAUGCCCGGCUAAUUUUUUUUUUUUGUAUUUUUAGUAGAGAUGGGGUUUCACCAUGUUAGCCAGGAUGGUCUCGAUCUCCUGACCUCAUGAUCCGCCCACCUCGGUCUCCCAAAGUGCUGGGAUUACAGGCGUGAGCCACCGCGCCCGGCAAUAUACUACAGUUUCUAAUCCAUUCACUUACUGAAGGACAUUUUUGUUGCUUCCAAGGUAUGCCAAUUUUGGAUAAAACUGCUAUACACAUACAUGUACAGGUUUUUGUGUGGACAUAAAUUUUCCACUCAUAUGGAUAAAUUCUGAAAAAUAUGGUUACCGCAUUGUAUGGUAAAAAUGUGUUUAGUUUUGUAAGAAACCACCAAACUCCAUUUCAAAGUGGCUGUACAACUUUGCAUUCCCAUCAGCAAUGAGAGCUCCUGUUGCUGUACAUUUUCUCAACCAUUUGCAGUUGUCAGUGUUACAGAGGUUGUUCAUUCUAAUAGAUGUGUAGUGGUAUCUCAGUGCUGUUUUAAUUUUCACUUCCCUGAUGACAUAUGAUGGGGAUUAUCUUUUCAUACACUUAUUUGCCAUCUGUGUAUCUUCUCUGGUGAGGUGUCUAAACCUAAAGUCUUUGCCCAUUUCGUUUUUUAAUCAAGAUGUUUCUUUUUUUUCUUUUUUCUUUUUGAAACGGAGUCUCGCACUGUCACUAGGCUGGAGUGUCGUGGCAUGAUCUCAGCUCACUGCAACCUCCACCUCCUGGAUUCAAGCGAUUCUCCUGCCUCAGCCUCCCAAGCUGGGACUACAGGCGUGCGCCACCACGCCCAGGUUCCCAUAGCUACAGAGGUGCUUUUCAGACUUACACAGGGAAGUGUGACCUUUGAAGAUGUGGCCGUGUACUUCUCCUGGGAGGAAUGGGAUCUCCUUGAUGAGACUCAGAAACACCUGUACUUCAGUGUGAUGCUGGAGAACUUUGCACUUACAUCCUCCCUGGGUAAGGCCCUCAUACUCACCCUUGUGCCCUGGACUAGGCUCUCUGUUUCUCCUUUUCCUCAGGAGCAGCUCUUUCCUCAUAUCUGGACCAUAGGCACUGCCUCCUUCCCCAGUUCCCUGGGUAGAUGUUGUGGACUGAGUGCAAGCCUACUUCCCUUAUCGUCCCAGCCCAAAAGCAUCUUGGGUUGUUGGCGUGGAGUGGAACAUGAGGAAACACCUUCUGAACAGAGAAUUUCUGUAGAAAGAGUGCCACAGUUCAGGACUUCCAAAGAAGGUUCAUCUUCCCAGAAUGCUGACUCCUGUGAAAUAUGUGGCCUGGUCUUGAGAGAUAUUUUGCACUUGGCUGAACACCAAGGAACAAACUGUGGGCAGAAACUACACACAUGUGGAAAACAAUUCUACAUCAGUGCAAAUCUUCAACAGCACCAGAGGCAGCACAUUAAAGAGGCACCUUUCAGAAGUUAUGUGGACACAGCCUCAUUUACACAGAGCUGCAUAGUCCAUGUGUCGGAGAAACCCUUUACCUGCAGGGAGAUCAGGAAAGACUUCCUGGCCAACAUGAGGUUUCUCCAUCAAGAGGCCGCUCAAACAGGGGAGAAGCCAAAUAACAGUAACAAGUGUGCGGUGGCCUUUGACAGUGGAAAAAGUCAUCACAACUGGGGAAAAUGCAGUAAAGCCUUUAGCCACACAGACACAAUUGUUCAGGACCAGAGAAUCCUCACUAGAGAAGGGCUCUUUGAGUGCAGUAAAUGUGGGAAAGCAUGUACGCGAAGAUGUAACCUCAUUCAGCACCAGAAAGUCCACAGUGAAGAAAGGCCUUAUGAAUGCAAUGAAUGUGGAAAAUUCUUUACCUACUACUCCAGUUUCAUUAUACAUCAGAGAGUUCAUACUGGAGAAAGGCCUUAUGAGUGCCCUGAAUGUGGGAAAUCCUUUAGUCAGAUAUACAGCCUCAAUAGCCAUAGGAAAGUUCACACUGGAGAAAGGCCUUAUGAAUGUGGGGAAUGUGGGAAAUCUUUUAGCCAAAGGUCCAACCUCAUGCAGCAUCGCAGAGUUCACACUGGAGAAAGGCCUUAUGAAUGCAGCGAAUGUGGGAAAUCUUUUAGCCAAAACUUCAGCCUGAUUUACCACCAGAGAGUUCACACUGGAGAAAGACCUCAUGAGUGCAAUGAAUGUGGAAAAUCCUUUAGCCGAAGCUCCAGCCUCAUUCACCACCGGAGACUUCACACUGGAGAAAGACCCUAUGAGUGCAGUAAAUGUGGGAAAUCAUUUAAGCAAAGCUCCAGCUUCAGUUCACAUCGGAAAGUCCACACAGGGGAAAGGCCUUAUGUGUGUGGGGAAUGUGGGAAAUCCUUUAGCCAUAGCUCCAACCUUAAGAACCACCAGAGAGUUCACACUGGAGAAAGGCCUGUUGAGUGCAGUGAAUGUAGCAAAUCCUUUAGCUGUAAAUCUAACCUCAUUAAACACCUGAGAGUUCACACCGGAGAAAGGCCUUAUGAGUGCAGUGAGUGUGGGAAAUCCUUUAGCCAAAGUUCUAGCCUCAUUCAACACCGGAGAGUUCACACUGGAAAAAGGCCUUAUCAGUGCCAUCAGUGUGGGAAAUCCUUUGGCUGCAAAUCUGUCCUCAUUCAACACCAGAGAGUUCACAUUGGAGAAAAGCCUUAGCUGUACUGAGAAUAUGCAAUUUCCUUUUAGUGUAAUUAUACUGAAGGAGUACACCUGUGAGAGAGACAAGUACCUGAUUUGGAAGCUCCAACAUCUAAGGAUAUACAAUGGGCGGAUUCCCCUUAAGUUCCAGGUGUGUGUUACACUUUCUAAUGUGCCAUUUAGAAAGGGUUAGACUUUCUCACCUGCCAUUUAUGGCCCUUGCCAUUUAUGUCACUGACAGUUUCUGAGGCAGAAGCCAUAGCAUGUCUACCACCUGUGAGGUCCACACAGUGUGCAUCAUUUACCUCCUGAACCUGCUCAAGGAAGCAGACCUCUGUUUCUCCCCAUUUGCUCGAAGAAAUCAUGAAUAGUCUUGAGUCUUCCUCUCUGACAAAUUAGGGCAUGGACUUGACCCAGCUUUGUGCCAGAGAACCCAAUAUGAGUGUUGUUGGCAGCUUGCCAAGAAGGACUAUCUUUUUCAAGACAUGUUGGUUUCAUGUGACACCUCCAUGGAUUUUUUCCAGCCUCUAAGUCACCAACUUGGGAACUGCUUGCCUCACAUUGCUUUGUUUUUUACAAUAAUAAAGCCAUUAUUAUUUAAGCUACCUUUA